GGCAGGUUACAGUAUGUCACGUGACUCGACAGGAAACGCAGCGAUGGAGAAAAGCUAAGGAAGGUAUCUGCCCAGGCAGUGGCUUCCUCUUUACCCAGAGUGCUUGUGGAAUGGCAGCAGUUUGGCAGCAGGUGUUGGCAGUGGACGCAAGGUACAAUGCUUACCGCACGCCUACCUUCCCACAGUUCCGAACUCAGUACAUCCGCCGACGCAGCCAGCUGCUCAGAGAGAACGCCAAGUGUGGCUUUGAGCCAGGGCUGCGCAGGCAGUACCUGAGGCUGCGCAGUCAGCUGCUGGCCCUGCGCUACGGGCCCCUGUCUGAGCAGAGCAGCUUCAGGGCCAGCAGUGUGCGCAGCUCCCGCACCACACUGGACCGAAUGGAGGACUUUGAGGAGGACCCCCGUGCCCAAGGGGCUCGUGGUCAUCGCCGGUCUGUCAGCAGAGGCUCCUACCAGCUACAGGCCCAGAUGAACAGAGCUGUCUACGAUGAGAGGCCUCCGGGCAGUUUGGUGCCCACCUCGGUGGCAGAAGCCAGUCGUGCCAUGGCAGGGGAUACAACCUUGAGUGAAAAUUAUGCUUUUGCUGGCAUGCACCACAUAUUUGAUCAACAUGUUGACUCUGCUGUUCCACGGUUGCAGUUUGCUAAUGAUGACAAGCAUCUCCUGGCUUGCUGCUCACUGGAUGGCACCUUGUCCAUUAUGACACUCUCACCACCUCCUCCCAGUGUGAAGGUGACCCUGAAGGGUCAUGGAGGUCCAGUUACAGACUUCGCCUGGUCUCUGAGCAAUGACAUCAUUGUGUCGACAUCACUGGACGGGACACUGCGUAUUUGGAACACAGAGGAUGGUCGGUGCAUCCGAGAGGUCAGAGACCCAGAAUCCAGCGAGUUGCUUUGCUGCAUCUUCCAGCCCAUGAAUAAUAACCUUACUGUGGUGGGGAACAGCAAGCACCACCUGCAGGUGGUAAACAUCUCCACUGGGAAGAAGGUAAAGGGGGGCUCUAGUAAGCUGACAGGCCGUGUGCUGUCUCUCUCCUUUGAUUCUCCGGGGAGGAUCCUUUGGGCUGGAGAUGACAGGGGGAGCAUCUUCUCCUUCCUCUUUGACAUGGCCACAGGGAAGCUGACUAAAGCCAAGCGUCUGGUGGUGAGUGAAGGCAGCUCUAUCUGCAGCAUAUCUGCUCGUUCCUGGAUUAGCCGAGAGGCCAGAGACCCCUCGCUGCUGGUGAACGCCUGUGUCAAUAAGCUACUGCUGUACAGGGUGGUAGACAAUGAGGGUACACUACAGCUGAAGAGAAACUUCCCCAUCCAACAUGGAUCCCAGCUCGUUCAUAGCAUCUUCUGCCCCCUCAUGUCUUUCAGACAGGGGGCAUGUGUGGUGACUGGCAGCGAGGAUGGCUGCGUCUACUUCUUCGAUGUCGAGCGCAACACCAAGGCGAUAGUAAACAAGCUGCAGGGCCAUGGGGGCCCAGUGUUGGAUGUCAGCUUCAACUGCGAUGAGAGUUUACUGGCAUCUGCCGAUUCCACCGGUAUGGUCAUCAUCUGGAGGCGUGAGCAAAAGUGACUGAUCCACUAAUAAAAAAAUAAAAAAAAGCUUCCAUCCACUGCAUAUAAAAAGCCUGCUGCUCUUUAACUGUCCAAUAACAAGUCCGUAGAUUUUCACUGGAAUGUAACAGGCUGCGUCAAAUGUUUAAUGUAAUGAUACUCAAGUGCAAUCAGAACACCAUGCUGUGUAGGUGGUAGGGAUGUCUUAGAAAUUCAUGGUGUGGGAGGUGGGCUAUGUGUGUCAGUGCUCCUACAGCUGCAGCUGAGAAAUUGCUUUUUUUUUUUUUUCAUUCUUGUUUGUUUGUUUUUUUGUAAAGAAAGAGCACUAAUACCAUGCAUGUGUCAUGGCUGACCUCCAGUUGUGUGGAUAUGACUGACUUCAUGUGAAGAGGAUACAACAUAAUUUUCCAGAAAAAACAAAGCAAAGAAAGCAUUUCCUAUCACACUGACAGUCCCUCUGGCAUAGAUCUAGUUCACUAUUUAUGUAACUGUUAUUCAAUCAGUGUAAUCAAGUGUAGUAAAACUGCCUUAUUUGCUUUCAGUUGCUGUUUUGCAUUUGAGACCAUGUGCAUGAAACUGAAAUCCAGAUCAGGCAGUAGGCAUAUCAAAUCAUCACGAAAGAUAAAAGUGUGUUUUUAAGUAUGUGUUUGUACUUAACCUGUAUGUGUGUGCGCGUGUUCUUGGUUCAUGCUGGUUGCUGACUCAUAUAAUUUAUUUAACAAAUCCACAAUAAACUAUUGUAAAUGUCA